AAUACGUAAAUCCCGCCGGUUCGCGCUCUGCGCUCUGAUUGGUCGCGGAAACCGCCCCACGCUCUGAUUGGUCGCCGGGAAACGGCGCUCGCUGAUUGGUGGACGGAAUCGUGACCUCUACACCCGCCAAAUAUAUGAUUUUAAUCAUGGGCGGUGAAUACUCUAUACCGUGAUAAUUGGGGCUUGUUUUCGCAUGAAAAUUCUUUCAGAAAGUAAAAUUAAGCGAAUUAAUCCGCAAAUUGGAGGGUUAUUAACCGUAUCGUGGGGAACAAUUUCCGGUUAGGGAAUUCGUCACGGACUUGGCACGCAAAUUGAGGAAAAGUGGAGAAACGAUCGUAGUUACAGUAAACGCACUUGCGAUCUUCGGCCUUAUUUCUUGAAGAAUAAGUAGUCCAGAAUAAAUUCCCAUUCCCGUUGGCUAUAAAGGGAAGAUCCGAGAGAUAGAUUUACAGAAGUAUCCAUUCAUUUCGACCGUUAUCAGGCCGUUAAAGGAUUAAUCCCGAUUAAUUUGCGCACUUUGACGCGCCAUUUUGUUCCGCUAAGUUUUCAUCGAGUUUCCCCGAAUUAUUAUUUUCCACGGGAUCACGGCUAAAGGCAAUCGUUAAUAAUUAAUCGGUUGAGGAAAAUGCCCUGGAGAGUCCUGAUUAUAUUUAUCUUGAUAGAAAUAACAGUUGGACAAGUUGAGGAGAAAUUAUACUCCGAUAGGGCGAUGAGGAGAAUUCAAAAUGGCGGCGCUUAUCCGAUCUAUCAGAUAUUCGGGGCUGUCCGUAAAUUGGCCCCGUGUGGAGAUUCCACGGUGUUCUGCCAUUUAAUGGGAAGAUUCAGGUUACCUUCGGUAAACCCUGAUAGGUCCGACCAGGUUUAUUCCCCUGAAUAUUCGGAAAAAAGGGCGGAAAAUCGCGUGGCGAGGAGCCAUUAUGGCGGGACUUCUUUCACCCCGGCUUAUUAUCCGACAUUCGACCCUAUAAGCGUACUUGCUUCUUUGGCCUUUUUGGCCUUCCUUUUGCAGUCCUUCGCCUCGCUUUUCGUUCGCUCGAGGUCCAUUUUUCCAACAAUAAUGAGCGGUCGUAAAAAACCCGAGGACAAUGAUAAUUUCAUUGCUGGUCGUGCCUUACGUGCUAUAAACAAUUACGAGAUUCUUAAUAAGCAUUAACACUCGGCAGGUUAUCUUCCUGGGUCGGCUGGUCGGAGUCCUCAGAAAUUGCCAAGGAUUUCUUAUUUAUUAUUAAAAUUCUUACAAACAUCUUGCGCUACUAGGGAUACAUUUUGAAUUAAAUUUAAAAUGGGACCUAACGUUAACUUAUAACAAUCGAGGAGUAUUUCGCAUAAAUAUUUUAUUACCUCGGCCACGGCGCAGUGCUCGGACGAUUGUUUUAAACAACUACGUUAUAAAAUAUAAACGUUGCUUAUAAAAUAGCAGCUCCUUAUUGCAUUAUUACGUGUAUAUGUAUAUAUUUAUGUAUUUGUGUAGUCAUUUAUUUAAAGCACGCACGAAAGACUGAUCACUCAUCGUAAAGUUAAUUUCAAUUAAAAAUUAACAGCCAUAGUUGUUAAAGGCAAGCGAUCGUUUAUCAGGAAGUUUCUUAUUUAUCCUUCCGCUGGUUUACUACAGAUUUAUACGUCAAGAGUUAAUGAUUAAUACUUUACUGACAUAGUUCAUUAACUCGUUUGUUAUUACAAACGACCAUUUCGAUAGAAAAUCUCACAUUUCUGUUCAGUUCGGUAGACUUCCACUUAUUUAUUUAAUACACGUCGUGGUAAUAAAAUGUUGCCCUCCGUUUGGCACGGAACACCUUAAACUUGUCCGUUUAAAAAUAUAAAAAAAGAAAAGAACAAAUAGAUUUAGACGUGUCUUACAUCGUACCAAGUAUUACGUUAGAAAAAUACAUCUGUACAAAAAUAUAUAUAUAUUUAUAUACAUACACAUUAAAGGUACUUGCGUAACAAAGUUAAUUAUGUUACGUCAAAUAUCUUUAAUGUGCACAUUGAUAAAGGCUUUUGGUGAUAAGUCUAUAAUUCUAAAAUUUCUACCCAACGUAAGUCUUUAUAUGGAUGUACAGACCUUUUCUUUAUUCUGUAUAUAUUAGUUAUAUAUUUAAAAUGUG